AGAGCGAUUACGGACAUUACGGAUGCGAGCGUUGUAUUGUGUUAAUGAUGUUGGUUGUAUUUGUUUGUAUGUGUAGAAUAGUUUCAAACCACCUGUAAUCUACUUAUUCAUUUUAGGGCUCAGUACGGCAGGAACGCUUAAUAUACAGCUUAAUUAACGUUUAAUAAUGGAUAUUGCCAAAUCGCUGUUUGGAAAUCGAACACACGAUGGCUAUGCAGGCAAGGAAAACUACAAUGAUAAAAUUGAUACAGCUUUAUCAGAGGAUGAAGGAGAAGGAGAUUUAUCAUGCCUUGGGGAAGUCUCAGAAGGGCUCAGUAUUAAGGCUGAUGGUGUGUCUCCAACACCAGGAGGACCAUUUUCUGCCUUGACACCAUCCAUGUGGCCUCAGGAUAUUCUUAUUAAGCUUGGGCAACAACCAGAUGAUCCGAAUUCACAACCAGAGUACAGGUUUGAUGAAUUUGGUUUUCGAGUGGAAGAGGAGGAUGGGCCUGAACAGAAUUCUAACAAGCUAUUAGGAAUUCCAUUUGUUGAAGAUCCACAGCAUAGACUCCUGUGGGUAGCACACUUGGAAUUCAGUCAUAAUAAGGAAGUCUGUGAUUUAACAUGGGACAAGGUAGAAGCACGACUGCCUCGGACAGAAAAAUUGCGUUCCAUGGUUCGGGCAGGAAUACCUCAUUCUCUCCGUCCUCAGAUGUGGAUGCGCCUGUCAGGUGCAUUGCAGAAGAAGUUUUCUUCAGAAAUGAGUUACAAAGAUAUUGUGAAAGCUUCUAGCAAUGAUGCACUUAUGACAUCUAAACAAAUUGAAAAAGACUUACUACGAACCAUGCCAGGAAAUGCAUGUUUCAGCCAUAUGGAUAGCACUGGAAUACCACGACUCCGCAGGUUGUUGCGAGGGCUGGCGUGGCUUUAUCCAGACAUUGGGUACUGUCAAGGGACUGGUAUGAUAGCAUCAUCUCUAUUGCUACUUAUGGAGGAGGAGGACACAUUUUGGAUGUUGAGCACAAUUGUGGAGGACAUUCUGCCAGCAUCAUAUUAUUCUUCUACACUUUUAGGGAUACAAGCAGAUCAACGUGUUCUGAGGAGUAUGAUCUGCAAAUACCUUCCAGAUGUAGAUGUGACACUCAGAGAGCAUGAUAUUGAGCUUAGUCUCAUCACUCUGCAUUGGUUCCUUACAUUAUUUGCAUCUGUUGUUCACAUGAAAAUACUUUUGCGAAUAUGGGAUCUUUUCUUCUUUGAUGGCUCCAUUGUGCUUUUCCAAGUUACACUCGGCAUGCUUAAGAUCAAAGAACCAGAUCUCAGGCAGCUGGAGAAUUCAGCUGAGAUUUUUAAUGCCCUGUCUGACAUACCGGGUGACAUUGAAGAUGUCGAUCAUCUGUUAGAUGUUUCUUUUAUGGUGGCAGCUUCACUUAACGAUAUGGUAAUGGAAACUCAUCGUCGGCGUCACUUGGCAUACCUGAUGGCUGAUCGAGGGGCAUUGGUGGGGAAUCCUGAAGCAGUACCCAACCUUCCUAAACAGCAUCUCAGCAGACGACAAAUCAAGAAAUCAAAGUCUAUGAUACAACUUCUUUUAUUUGGAGAUGAAACAAAUGAAGAUGAUAUUAAGUCAAAAAAUGUUCGCCAGACAGAAAUACUUGUGGAUUUGCGUGAGGCAAUUCUGCAGGUGGCUCGUCACUUCAUGUCUGUGGAUCCCAAACUGAACAGAGUGACACUGGUGCCAGAUUAUAGUAUGGAAAGUCAUGCCCGUGACCAUGACAACUAUGUCAAUGUUUCUCGCACACGUAAGCGACGUGCUAAAGCUCUGCUUGAUUUUGAGCGCCAUGAUGAUGAUGAACUUGGUUUUCGAAAGAAUGAUAUCAUCACAGUAAUCAGCCAGAAAGAUGAACAUUGUUGGGUUGGUGAACUCAAUGGAUUGCGAGGUUGGUUUCCUGCCAAGUUUGUCGAGUUGCUGGAUGAACGCAGUAAGCAGUAUUCAUGUGCUGGGGAUGACAGUGUGUCUGAGGCUGUUACGGAUUUAGUGAGGGGAACUCUUUGUCCAGCCAUAAAGCAGGUGCUUGAGCAUGGCAUGAAGAGGCCAAAUUUUCUUGGAGGUCCUUGUCAUCCAUGGUUGUUCAUUGAAGAGGCAGCUACCAAAGAAGUAGAAAGAGAUUUCAAUUCAGUGUAUAGCAGAUUGGUGCUGUGCAAAACAUACCGUUUAGAUGAAGAUGGCAAAGUGCUAACACCUGAAGAGCUUUUGUACAGGUGUGUACAAGCCAUCAACCUGUCACACGAUAAUGCACAUGCACAGAUGGAUGUCAAACUACGCAGCUUGAUGUGUUUGGGACUAAAUGAGCAAGUGCUUCAUCUCUGGCUUGAGGUUCUUUGUUCCUGUGUAGAAGUAGUUCAGAAAUGGUAUCAGCCAUGGAGCUUUGUGUGCAGUCCAGGGUGGGUACAGAUUAAAUGUGAACUUCGGGUCCUCUCUCAGUUUGCAUUCAACCUGAAUCCUGACUGGGAAUUGCCAGCAAGAAAGGAACAGUCACAACCACUCAAGGAUGGAGUCCGAGACAUGUUGGUGAAGCAUCACUUGUUCAGUUGGGAUCUCUAGGGCUCAGAUUACUGUCUCUUCAGCUGGGAUCUAUGAGCUGAAAGAGCAUUUCCUAAUCUCUUUGAUAUAAGGAGGGAGUUACAUGUGACAGCAGCAGCUGUAUGCAAUCUAGCUCCAACUAUCAGUGCUGGGUCCAACAUAAAUAGCUUCACCUGGUUCUCUGCCAGUCAAAAUAUGUGAAUAAUGUGAUUUUGUAUCAUUCUGAUGUCUUCUUUCAUCACAUCACAUGUUAACAGACCUAUAUAUAUGAAUUUUGCUUUUGUUUGUUUACAUAUUUAUUUGUCUCUUUUCUCUGCUUCCUAUGUUUGCUUUUUUAUGUCCUCAUUCUCAUUCUUGUCUUCUUGAAUACUAUGUCUUACCUCUUCAUUUUGUUGCAAGAAUAUAUCCCAGUUUCUUAGUUAAAAGAGUUCUGAUCAACAGGUUCCGCACAUACAGCUGUCGUAUUAGCUCAUUGGGAUGGAUAUUCACUUUUUCAUACAUAUUUGUUACUAGAAGUUGGUGAUAUUUAUCCAGUUUAAGAACUGAGAAAUCUGUACGUAAUAAGUUCACAUUUGUGAAGCCCUACAUUUGUUUUCAGAAGUGCUUGUUAAUAGAGGCUGAUAAUACCAAGGGUGAUCAAGUGGGGAUGGAAGGGAAAGAAAUGAAGAAAUUUGGUUAUACUCUUGGAAUCCCACAGGAUAUACACGAGGCUAUUCGGUUCUACAAGAACAUUUAUUUCAUUCAGUUAUCUGUUGUAUGAGAACAGUGACAUAUAACUGUCAAUACGGGAUACCAAUCACACAGUUUUACUGAGUGGAACUAUGGUUUAACAUGAGCUCUAGUCUGUAGUAGGAGUUCAUACUCCCCACGUUAAAAAUGUUUUACUUGGAGAUGAGAAGGGGUUUGGCAAGUGACAAAAUUUGCACUAGAUCCAUGUCUUGAACCUCAGACUUUUUGUAUGGCAUGGCAGCACCAUGAGAUCAAAAAACUUCUGAAAAGUGUCAGGCACUUACCUUCUGGAAUUUUAAGUGCAAUUUCAUUUUAGAAGUUUUAUAAUUAUGAUUAUGUGAGAUUCCUUGCUGGAUACUGAUAGCAAAAUCUUUCUUUCUCCAGAACAUUUGGUGAAAUAUCAAAAUGUGGCUAUUACAUAAGCAAGUAAAAUACUGUAGAUAGUUAUGUGACAACUGGCAAUUUAACUUUUAUUAUGUUGUACUUAAGCACCAUGUUGCAUUAAUAUUAGUUUCAUACAUAUAUAUUACCAUCUUAAAUACAAUACUAUGAGGGGUAGUCAAAAAGUUCCCAGAAUGGUGGUAUAGCACUGUAAUGGUAGGACAUACGGCAACGCUUAUGUAAUCACCUUCAA